GUUCUGCAGACUCCGUCAGCUCAGCGCCGGUAGAAGAAGAGAAGCUGCGCUGUUUCCGGGAGGUGUUUCGGCCGCUGGAUGAAGCGCAACAGCUACAUCCACUAAACCUUUUCUCAAUCAAUAACAAUCAAAAUUAGUGAGGUGCGUGAUGUCCAAUCAGAAGCGCCCCAGUGAUCCCAGUAGCUCUGCCCUCCUCGGCGCUCCUCCAGAGAAGAAGAAGGGAGGUGAGGAUGGAGAGGGAAUGAGCACUGGGUCAGGAGGAAGCACUGCUGUGGAAACCGUCAUCAAACUGGGAGGAGGAUCCAACCUGGAAGAACAAGAUAUAAAAGCCCUGCAGAUCAAAAACAGGAAGUUGGGAGAAUCCCUAGACCAAAGACAGGUGAUUGAGGAUGAACUGAGAGAGAUAGUCGAGAGGUUGGAGACUCGUCAGGCGACAGAUGAUGCAAGUUUGUUGAUUCUAAACAGAUACUGGAACCAGUUUGAUGAAAAUGUGCGAUUAAUUGUUCAUCGCUAUGACCAAUCGGGGAGUGAGCCCGUGGAAAGCCAACCGCCGGAAGGGCGGAGCUUAAAACCUGGAACACCAGAACCAGAUGGAGACUCGAACCAGGAGCGUGCAAAAGACAGAGGUCAACAGGGGGAGGGAGUGAGCUCUUUUCUGGCCACGCUGGCCAGCAGCAGCAGCGAGGAGAUAGACACAGAGCUGCAGGAGCGAGUGGAGUCCAGCUGCAAACAGGCCAGUCGCGUGGUGGAAAUCUACGAGAACCUGAAGAACACGGUUGAUCAACUGAAGAAGGAUGUGGAGUCCGGAACAGGUGGCAGUCUCUGGGACGCCGCUGUCCGCCUCAACACCCUCCUGACCAAUGAGAAUGAACGUCUCCGCCAACUGACCAACAGCCUCCAGCAGAAGCAUAGCCACAUGACCAGUGAGUCUCGUUCUUUGGGCCGCGCGGCUAAUCGUGCUGAUAACAGGAUCAGUGAGCUGCAGGGUCUUAUUGAGGAGCUGCAGUGGGACAUGGAGAAAAUCAGACGGAGGGAGAAUCGCCUCAACACACACCUCGCAGAGGUGCUGGAAAGGGUGAAUAGCAAAGGUUAUAAGGUGUGUGGCGAAGCCAGCAGUGUAUGUGGAACCAUCACGAUCAACAAAAGAAAGUUUGAGGAGAUGGACAGUGAGUUGGAGGAGAACAGGGAGCUGGCGGAGAACCGGCUCAGUGAGCUCCAGAAACUCCAGCAGGACCUGCAGACAGUUUACCAGGAGAACAAUAACAUGAAGUUGGAGUUGUUGUCCAGGGCUGAGGAGGUGGCCAGAGAGAGCGCUGAGUAUCGCUGUCUGCAGUCUCAGUUCUCUGUGCUCUAUAAUGAAUCACUGGUGCUGAAAUCUCAGCUGGACGAGACCAAAGCACGGCUCAACACGACCAGGACCGCCCGCCUGCGCCAGCUGGACCACAUGGAGAACGACGAGGUGUCCUUGCAGCGUAAGGUCCGCACUGAAGUGAUUCAGUUGGAAGACACGUUAGCACAGGUGCGCAAGGAGUACGAGAUGCUCAGGAUCGAGUUUGAGCAGACAUUAGCUGCUAAUGAACAAGCAGUGCCUUCUCGUUCUUUCUCAGGUCCUAUAAACCGUGAGAUGAGACAUUUGAUCAGUACGCUGCAGAAUCAUAACCAGCAGAUGAAGGGAGAGGUGGUCAAAUAUAAACUCAGACUGAGAGAGUCUCAGCAAGAGCACAACCAGCUCCGUGUUGCCAAAGGUAAUGCUGCUGUCCAAUCACAGUCGAGCACAGAGAUGGAUGUGAAGGAAGAGACCGCCUCCCCGCUUACACCUGCCCCGACGAGUGACAUCACUGUGAAGACUGAACCAGAUAGCGGCUCCGCCACACCCAGCACAACUGGUGCAACGGUUAAGACUGAACCAGGUACGGACGCGGAGACUGCGGUGAAAGAGGAGGAAAAAGAGAAGGAAAAGGAGAAAGAAAAAGACAAGGAAAAAGAGAAGGAACAGAGAGAAAGAGAGAGGGUGACUCGUGGGAGUACUGGAGGCGUAGCGGUGAAAGAAGAAAGGGAGAAAGCCAGCACUAGCAGCAGCCAAUCAGAAGACCUAGCAGUUGAACGCUGCACUGUGAUUGGAGGACCUAAACGCAAGGAGGUGGAGCAGCUGAAAAUAGUGCGGGUGGAGCUGAAGAAAGCCCAAGAGUCCCAGAGGGAGAUGAAGCUGUUGUUGGACAUGUACCGCUCGGCACCGAAAGAACAGAGAGAUAAAGUACAGCUGAUGGCAGCGGAGAAGAAGGCGAAGUCAGAGGCCGAGGAGCUCCGUCAGCGGUUGCGAGAGUUGGAGGAGAGAGAGAGGAGAGAAGGAAAGAAAAUGGCCGACGAAGAGGCUCUGAGAAAGAUCCGCUCAGUGGAGGAGCAGAUCGAUAUACUCAAUAAGAAACUCUCUCUUGCUAAGCAGGAGGAAGAUGCUUUGCUGAGUGAAAUGGAUGUUACUGGCCAGGCAUUCGAAGACAUGCAGGAGCAGAACAUUCGUCUGAUGCAGCAGCUCAGAGAGAAAGAUGAUGCCAACUUCAAACUCAUGAGCGAACGCAUUAAAUCCAACCAGAUCCAUAAACUCCUCAAGGAAGAGAAAGAGGAGCUUGCCGACCAGCUGCUCACACUUAAAACACAGGUGGACGCUCAGCUGCAGGUGGUUCGGAAGCUAGAGGAGAAAGAGCGCCUCCUGCAGGGCACCAUCAGCGCUGCGGAGAGGGAGCUGGGUCUACGCACACAGGCUUUAGAGAUGAACAAACGCAAGGCGCAGGAGUCAGUGCUGCUGUCGGAGGAGGUGCGCACUCAGCUGGAGGGGGUGCAGCAGAGGUUGAGCGCGGUCAGAGAGGAGGUGGUUGAGAACAGCAUUUCUCGAGAGAAAGAGUCUUUCAAUGCCCGUCGUGCACAGGAGGACAUUUCCAAACUGCGCAGGAAGAUUGAGAAGGCCAAGAAACCGGCCGAGAACAUUCGAAACGGAGAUGAGAUCCUGAAUGAAGAAAUAAACGAUUACAAGGCAAGAUUGACGUGUCCAUGCUGCAAUUCACGUGUAAAGGACGCCGUUUUGACAAAGUGCUUCCACGUUUUCUGUUUCGAGUGCGUGAAGACGCGCUACGACACCCGUCAGAGAAAGUGCCCGAAGUGCAAUGCUGCAUUUGGUGCCAAUGAUUUCCAUCGCAUCUACAUUGGAUGAGACUUAUGAUGGACGGUGUCUGCCUCCGUUUUGGUCCAGUUCCUCAACAUUGUUCUCCGGGUGGAGCUUGUCCUGUAAUGUUGUCGAAACAUCAACAGUUUUACAUUCCAUUUGAAAUUGCUUUUUUCAGAAAAACUACCAACAUGUUCAGUUGCAUCGGUUUAGCAGAACUAACCUGGUCACAUUCCACAGGUCUGUCUUGGCAAACAUUUUUCACUCAUAAAAGCUGCUGCUGCUUGCUUUCAGGAGUGUCCUUAAUGUUUGUUGACUUCCUUUGAGUUAAUACUGCCUCAACCAGAUCUCCCAUUCCACCUCAACUUUACCUUUACUACCCAGAGCCAAUGUGAACCCAUCAACCUGAGAGAGUUUACAGACCUGUGAUUGAAAACAAGCUGCCUUGUCGACUGGACAGUAGUUCGUUUGCGUUCACUUUGCUGAACAUUUGUAUUGCAUUUUUGUACUGUCUGUUAUGACUGCUUAUAGUGAUGGUUGUGCAACUGCUUCAUUGAAAUCCAUUAAAAUAUUGAAAUGUAUUGA